UUAUACUGUCUAGGUGAGGAUUUUUACACUUGUCGGGACACGGAAGAGUUGUUACACUUUCUUCAGCAUUACUACAAUAAAUCAUUGUGUCAGCAAGUGAAUAUAUAUGCCAUGAAGUGUCUCGCUCCUCAGCAGGCCAGCAGUUUCUACUCGUGCUCUUCUAACGCAAUCAACAUGACGACCAAGGAAGACCUUGAAGCUAUCGAGAACCAGAUAUCCACCAUCGAAGUUAGCAGCCAUGGAGAGACGGCCAGCCCGGUACUUGCCCAUGGCAAGUUCAAAACAGUGGAGAAGGGUCGCAACUGGGGAUGGCUUCUGUCUGGAUUCAUCUCCUUAAACAUCCUGCUCCUGGGAAUUGCCAUAGUGAGCGGAAGCGUCUUCAACAAGGUCCAGAUCUCCUCUUCUCACCUUCUGAUUUUCCUCAUCUUACUCGUCAUUCUCACCACUGUAUGGAUGGUUUACUACAAAGUCCAUACUUCUCGGGUGGACCGUGCGGUGCUCUACAAAGACAGUCAUGCUGGACCAGUUUGGCUGAGAAGUGGACUGGUUCUGUUUGGCAUCUGCAGUGUAAUCAUGGAUAUUUUCAAAAUUGUUUAUUAUGCGGGUCGUAUGGAUUGCGAAUCGCCUGUGAAAAUAGCCUUCCCUGCUGUGCAAGCUCUGUUCGUCAUCGUCCAGACAUACAUCCUCUGGGUCCACGCAAAAGACUGUGUACAGAUACAGCAAAUCAUCACACGAUGUGGUCUGAUGUUGACCUUAUCUACGAACCUUAUGGUGUGGAUGACGGCUGUGACAGAGGAGUUACUCCAUCAAACAGUGGCUCCAAUGGAGAUUUCCUCCAACAGUUCCUCAGACAACGAUCACAGAUCCAAUGUCAAUGAAAUGCAAGGCCGUGCUGAAGACAGCGAAUGCAAGUGUAGCCAUAACAUGUGUGAUGUCUUUGAGAAUGCCUAUUACUACCUGUACCCCUUCAACAUCGAGUACAGCCUCUUCGCAUCAGCCAUGGCCUACGUCAUGUGGAAAAACGUCGACCGCCGGAUGGACGAACACCAUAGCCACAAUCUGAGCUUCAGCCCAUGGGACGUUCUAGUUGGUCCAGUGGCUGGCCUGAUCAUUCUGGUGGCGGGCCUGGCUACGUUUGUGGUCUACGAAGUGGACGUGACCAAAGGGAACCCAAAACACACAGAGGAAGCUCUGAUAAUGCAUUACGUCAUGAACAUAGUCGCCAUCCUUCUGAUGUCCAUCACAACUCUAGUUGGUUGUAUAAUCUUCCGCAUGGAUAAGAGGGAGCAAGUGUCGGGGAAGAACCCUACACGGAGUCUGGAUGUUGGGCUGCUCGUGGGAGCGUCCUUGGGCCAGUUCCUCAUCUGUUACUUCACCAUAGUAGCUGUUCUGGCAUCAGGAGUCAAGGGGAACAUAAACGGGCUCAACCUGGCCUGCGCCAUCCUGACUGUGAUCCAGCUGUGCCUACAGAACGCCUUCCUCAUCAAGGGCCUCCAUCGGGAGCCGUACAAAGUGACAGAGACAACCACCGUCUUUGCCAACAACAUGGCCGUAAGAGAGAGAGACCCGGAAAGGCGGAGCAGCUCUAUCGUUCCGGCUCACACGCUACCUAUCCCGUUGACGCUGUUUCAGGGUCGACUGUCCUGGAAGAGGAGGAUCCUUAAGGAGAUCUGCGCCUUCCUGUUACUCUGCAAUGUCAUUCUUUGGAUUAUGCCUGCCUUUGGAGCCCGGCCUCAGUUCGACAACACCGUCGGAUCAGACAUUUAUGAGUUCCAAACGUGGGCAGCUGUCGUGAAUAUCGGAAUGCCGUUUGGGAUCUUCUACCGUUUGCACUCAGUGGCCAGUCUGUUUGAGGUGUGCCUUACCUCAUAAAUCAGCUGGCCGCUCAAGAACUGUACAAGCUUAUGCACAUACCUUUGUAAAAUAGAUGUAUUUUUUUUAUAGUAUAUUUUUGUUUAGCUGAAAGAGAAAUGUAUUAUUUUUUACUACAUUUUUAUUGGAUAAUCCCAACAAUGUGUAUAUGUUUGUGUGAGUGUGUGUGGAGAUCUAGACCAUGUUCAACUGAAACUCUUUUUAAUAUGUGAAUGAAUACUUCUGA